AUGGUCUUUCUUCUUCCUUUUGUUUCCCUAGCCUCUUGUUGUUCUUUUUUUUAUAGCCUUUCCUUCUCUUUUUAUUUUUAUCAUUUUUCUAUUACUUUCACUUUCAUAUUGAUUUGUUAUUUUUUUUUAGAUCGCCUUUCCAUUUUUAUUCGUUUCAUUUUCUUCUGCAGUAGCCGUAUUGUCUUUUUUUUCUUUCUCUUAUUUCCCUUUGCUUCUAAUUUUCAUUCAUCGUCAAAACAUUUUCAUUCUUCCCUUUCGCUUUUUCAUUCUUCUCUUUCGCUUUUUCAUUAUUCUCUUUUUUAUUUUAUCCCUUCCGUUUUUCAUUCUCCCCUUCUGUUUUUUUCAUUAUUCCCUUCGCUUUUUCAUUCUUCCUUUCCGUUUUUCAUUUUUUCUUUCCGCUUUUUCAUUUUUCUCUUUUGCUUUUUUAUUCUUCCCUUCCGUUUUUUCAUUCUUCCCUUCCGUUUUUUCAUUCUUCCCUUUCGCUUUUUCAUUCUUCCCUUUCGCUUUUUUAUUCUAUCCUUUCCGCUUUUCAUUCAUCCUUUCCGCUUUUUUUCAUUCUUCCUUCCGUUUUUCAUGCUUCCUUCCGCUUUUUUCUUUUUUUCUUUUGCUUUUUUAUUCUAUCGCUUCCGCUUUUCAUUCUUCUCUUCGCUUUUUCAUUCUUCCCUUCCGUUUUUUCAUUCUUCCCUUCCGGUUUUUUCAUUCUUCCCUUUCGCUUUUUCAUUCUUCCCUUUCGCUUUUUUAUUCUAUCCUUUCCGUUUUUCAUUCAUCCUUUCCGCUUUUUCAUUCUUCCCUUCCGUUUUUCAUUAUUCCCUUCGCUUUUUCCUUCUCCCUUUCCGUUUUUCAUUCUUCCCUUCCACUUUUUCAUUCUUCCUUUCCGCUUUUUCAAUCUUCACAUCCACAGUUUCAUUCAUCUUUUCCAUCUUUUCAUUCUUCCGUUUCACUUUUUCAUUCAUCGCUUUCAUAUUUCCUUUGAUUUUCUUUUCCACAUUCCCUUUCAGUUUUUCUUUCUUCGCUGCCACUUUUUCAUUCUUCUCUUCGACUUUUCCUUCUUCGCUGCCACUUUUUCAUUCUUACCUUCUACUUUUCCCCUACCCCUUUUUCAUUCUCCACUUUCACUUUUUUCUUAUUCCUUUCCAGUCUUCCUUAUUCCCGUUCACGUUUUCAUUCUUCCCUUUAACUUUUUUUCAUUCUUUUCGUCAACUUUACAUUCUUCCCUUUCAUAUAUUCCUUCUUCACAAACACUUUUUCAUUCUUCUCUUUUACAUACGUCCCCACCAUCUUUUUCAUUCCUUCUUUUCAUUUUUCAGUUUGUUUCGACAUUUCAUUCUCUCCUACCACUUUUUCAUUUUUCCCUUCUGUUUUUUCAUUCUUCACAUCAAUUUUUCAUUCUUUUUUUUCACUAUUUCAUUCUUUCUUUCCCUCUUUCAUUCUUACUUUGCAUUUAUUCAUGCAUCCACACCACAUUUUAUUCUUUUCUUUCACUCAUUCUUUCUUCCUUUUCAGUUUUUCAUACUUGUCUGUCAGGUUUUCAUUCUUCCCUUUCCUUUUUUGGUUCUUUCACUCGACUUUUUUUUUAUUCUGAUCUUCUACUUUUUCAUUCUUCCCAUCCACUUUUUCAUUCAUCUCUUUCAGAUUUUCCUUUUUUUUCAUUCUUCCCAUCCACUUUUUCAUUCAUCCCUUCUAAUUUGUAUGCGUCCCUUAGUCUUUUCAUUCUUCCCAUUUAAAUUUUCAUUCUUCCCUUUCACUUUUUCAUUCUUCCCAUCCACAUUUUCUUUUUUCCUUUCCACUUUUUCAUUCUUCCCAUUGGCAUUUUCAUUCUUCACAUUCACAUUUUCAUUCUUGCCUCCGAAUUUUUUAUUCUUCUCUUUCCCUUUUUCCUUCUUAUCUUCCACUUAUUGUCUUUUUUUUUUCACUGCUCUUUUAAUUUAUUUUCAGUUAUCUAACUUUUUUUGUUUAAUCAUUCUUCUUCUUCUUCUUCUUCUUCUUCUUCUUCUUCUUCUUCUUCUUCUUCCAUGCUCUAUUCGUUUUCCCAACCCUUUCUUGCUUACCACUAUCAUCCAUUUCUUAUACUUUUCGUCCUUUCCUUUUGUUUGUUUGUUUGUUUGUUUGUUUGUUUUUGUUUGUUUCCUUUCUUUCUUUCUUUCUUUCUUUCUUUCUUUCUUUCUUUCAUUGUGCGUUCGCUUUUCUUUUUCCUCUUUCCCCCGCCUUCUUCAUUUCUUUCUAUUUCCGUCUCUCUCCUUUUCAUAUUACUUUUACUUGAUUUCGGUAUGUUUCCUUUCUUCUUUUUUCUUUACCUCUUCCUGCCACCCAUUCGUUCUCCUUCUCCUCUUUUCUCUUCUUCCUAUCUUCUCCAACUUUCUUAUCCUCAUAUUUCUUAUCCCUUCUUCUUCUUCUACUCGACAUCAUCACUUGACAUCAUCAUCAUCAUCAUACUAA